GCUCCAGCAUGCCUCCCCUAGGACCGCUUUUGUGGCUUCUGCUUCUGGCCUGGUUUCCCAUAAGCCUCCGGGGCUGCCUGCAGUGCGACCAAAAGUUCAAGGAGAAUGUGGCCAAGCUCCGGACAGAGGUUGUCCCAAGCAAGAUCCAGGACAGCCGCCUCAGGGAGCGGGCCGAAGUGCUCCUCAGUGGUCUGGAGGGGAAUUUCUUCCUGCACUAUGCCACCAGCCAGUUUUCUGGCUUGGCAGGUAUACAAGUUCCAGCUCUGCUUAGCUCAGGGUCCACACUAGACAAUCCAGGGGCCUGAAUUUCACGCUGAUCAUCUGACUGGGUGGUGACUGCAUGGUUCUUACCCGGGCAGCAUGAGUCAUCCAAGGCUAUGUUCACUGCAGAGAAAAUGUGAUUUCUUUAUCUAGCGGGGAUGGAGGAGAGAGCAGUUUCCAUUUGCAUUUAAUGCCAGCUGACCCAAUUUCCCCUUCCCAAUACAAUGCAUGAACCAAAGUGCAGCUUUCCAUCAAAAUUCACACUUCUCCAAAUGUUGUGAUGCAGUUAAAAAACAACAACUGCAGAAAUGUGGGCAAACAGCAUAAAAGUGCAUAUAUUCCUAAAAGUAACCUUUUAAAAAAUGUAUUAUGUUAGCAAGAAUAAUCUUAACGCGGACUUAAAUAAAAAUUACAAACUGACACAGAAAUGUUGCAAAAAUAAGAAUCCAAAAUGGUCGCAGCAGUGCAUCCCUACCAGCUAAAGCCGUUUGUGGAUUGCAGUGUGAAAUCUAGCUGUGCAAGGGUGACAGACUGGCUACCGCCCAUCACAUCUCUGAUAACGAGCAACGUCUUCCCUCCCUCACUGUACCCACACCAUUUAAUGAACUUUUCAAAAAAUGUGUUUUUUCGUGCAUUUUUGUUCACCUGCAUCACCUGAGAACUCUCCCUCUCCUUGGUGCACAAGAAUGUGGAGCAAUAGUGGGGUUCUCAUGCUGGCAUUCACCAGGAAAAGAUGGGUAAGGAGGUGGCAAGCUUUUUUGGGGGGGGGAGAGUUUGGGAUUGGCAGCUGUUCCCCCAGCCCUGCUGGGUUGGUGGCAAGGUCAAAGGAGCUCCUGCAGGUCUGGUGCCAACCAAGAGUUCCCCCAGUGCCCUGACUCCCAGCACCAAUCUUUGCUGCCCCUUUGCUUUACCGCAUCCCCUUGGGCAGCAAAGGACAAAGACACAGAAAUUAGAGGGAGCAGGAGACCUGAGAAUGGCAGAGCUGGGUUUUGCGAUUGAGAACAGGAUCUGCUUCUUCAAUCUGCCGUGUAACACUCUGGCUGUGCACACACUCCUGUUUUCCUCCACCCAAAGUGCUCCCAGCGCUGGUUUGGGAAGCGGUGUACGCAUAGCCACAACCCAUAUCUAUCCUGUUGUUCAAAGUGUUUUUCCACCAGCCAGCUUUAAUCCGAAUUGGAGAAAAAGAAUGACUUGGCUGCAUCUUAAUCCGGUAAUGUGUACACAGCCUGUAUGGGUAUUUAAACCCAAGUUUUUAUCUGGAAAGAUGCACAAACAAUCACCUCUGCCUGCCCUUCCAGACUCUUAACAGCUGCCUGGUAUUCUUGAAAUCCCUCUGCCCCUUUCCCCUCCCAAUUGUUGCUCUCUGCAUAUUCAGGCUCCUACAUUCUACACAGCAUGGGUAGACAAACUAAGGCCUGGGGGCCGGAUCCGGCCCAAUCGCCUUCUAAAUCUGGCCUGCAGACAGUCCGGGAAUCAGCAUGUUUUUACAUUUGUAGUGUAGCCUUAUGAGGCUUUGCCCUCAGGUGGGAAGAGUAUUGCAUUGGAGUAGAAUGUGUGCUUCUGUUUAAAAUGCAUCUCUGGGUUAUUUGUGGGGCAUAGGAAUUUGUUCAUUUUCUUUUUUCCUUCAAAAUAGUCCGGCCCCCCACAAGGUCUGAGGGACAGUGGACCGGCCCGCUGCUGAAAAAGUUUGCUGACCCCUGAUCUACAGCCACCCUUUUACUCCCCUUUCCCCCCAGUUAAGAGCAAAGUUGACGCCCUGAUCCACGAGGCGAGGUUCAGCACGGAAAGUCUACUUCAAACCCAUCUGACAGGUGAGGAUCCCAACUCCUCUCUCCCUCAGGUGCCCUUUUGUUGGGAUUGAAGCUCCCAGGGCCUCAUUUGCCAGAAAAAGGCCUCUUGGUCAUUUACAGAAGGAAUUUGUAGGGGGCUCCCAAUGUUACACACAUCCUAUGUAUCUCGAUCUACCCCCAAGACCAGGCUCUGUUGGAUGAAUUGGUUGAAUUCCGGAGGAAAACGACUAUGAAGCUCAAGGAAGCUUUAAAGGAACACCAAAUGAAAGGUAGCAAGUCUCCCCCAAUUCCAUGUAUUAUUUUAUGUAUUUUGUGUUUUUAUGUUGCGAUGUUAUCUUGUGAGAUGCCCUGAGACCUGCGGGUAUAUGGCGGUAUGCAAAUAAUAAUAAUAAUAAUAAUAAUAAUAAUAAUAAUAAUAAUGUAUUAUAGAUUAGAACGCUGUGCCAGGAAAAACUCCCUGCUUUAUUGCAGGGUUCUGUUGAUUGUAUCGACAGGAAUAUUUCUGCCCUGCGGUAACGCUUUGGAUGUGGAAAGAAAGAAAUCUGGGGAUAAUAGAAUAUUUGGGGCAUGUACACUCAUUCUCGGACUCUGCUUUUCUUCCCCUCACAGCUUGCGACAAAUCUGCCUGCGGUGAGUUCAUCUUGUUGCCUAGCUGGGUAUUAAGAGGAGGGGAACCCGGCAAUUGAAAGCAAAUGAGAACUGUUGUGGUUCUGUGGCGGGGACACAUAGCAUGCGGCGUGGGAGCAGCUCAAGGAAGCCAGAGUCUCUCGCACGCACAUGGGCCAGGGAGGCUGAGGAGGAUUUCUCCAGUUCUGCUGUUAGCUGUGUUUGGGCCUCAGGAGAGGAGGAAAGGAUGGAGAGAAUAGAGGGAGGGUUGCUAGGAGGCCAUCUAUACAGCAGGAGUAGGGAAACUUUGUGAUCCCAGGGGCCGCAUUCCAAAGUGGGCAACCUUCCCGGGGCCACACACAAUGUGAUUCUCAACUUUGCUCAGCCACACACAAACCAGAUGUCUCCACGUGUACCCAGGGAAGCAAGAGGCGUUACUGCAGUUUAAGGACACAUUUGAGCAAAGUAAAAAAAAAUAAUCCCUGGAAAUGUUAGAGGUGGUGUGGAGCUGUCCAGUGAUGGGUUUGGCCUUGGGAGAUUUCUAAGAGUUAGACAGAGACAUGGAUAGAGGGCUGCAUUUGCCCCCUGGGACUGACGUUGCCAACCCCUGCUGUAAAGACAUUUAUGAAAGCAAUGGAUAUAUUGUCAGGGCUGGAUUUAGGAGAAAGACAACCGAAAGGACUGUCUUACAGGGAAGGAUUAGGGGGCAUUUGACUCAGGGGGUGGGGGGAAUCUAUCAGAGGCAAUUGAUUCAACUACCCACCCAGCAACUAAAAAAAAUUAGUGCCAGCAUUUCAUCUUCAUCUGUAAAACAGCCCCAAGUUUUGCUAGUUUUGCAUUAUUUUUUGUGGGUGUUUUUAAUUUGACGGAACAAUAACCUAAUCAGUGUCAUGACUGAACAAAGAGAUGCCCAAGAUUCUCUUCACAUUCACACCCUACAUGGCUUCCCUCAAACAAUUCUGGGAGCUGCAGUUUGUUAAGAGCCCCCUUACAGAGCUUCAAUUCUCAAAGUGGUUUUCAAAAAAACAGUCUCUCUUCCUAAGGAACUCUAGGAACUGUGGCUCUGUGAGGGGAACAGGGGAACAAACUGCCGCUCCCAGAAUUCCUUGGGGAGGGAGGCCGUGACUGUUUAAAAUGCUAUCCUUGUGCUUUAAACAUAUGGUUUCAAAGCGGCCUGGGCCUAGACUGGCUUGGCUCCAUAUGUAGGGUUGCCAUAUUUUGAAGAGCAAAAAAGAGAGGACAAUAUGACGACCAUUCAAAGCAAAUAAAGGCCAUAUGUCUCAAUUUUUACCCCUGAAAAAGAGGAAGUGUCCUGGAAAAUGAGGACACAUGGCAUCCCUAUGCAGCCAUGCACUGCCCAAGACACAUAGAAAGAUCCUGCCCCCAUCUUGGGAAUUUUGCAAAUCCCUGGACUGCAGAGUGUUGGGAUUGGAUGUAGUGGGCCUUGCUAGAAGAUUAACAUCCUGGGUUCUGUAGGCGUACGUUGAUACCAUCCAUAUUACUCUCUGGCUGGUGUUUCUUCACACUUUCUCUUUCUCUUCCUCCGUUUCCCGGACUCCUGAUACCUCAGGCUGGCUGAGCUAUAAAGUGCUCAAUUGCAAAGGAUGCCAAGAGACCAGCGCCGUUUGCUUGUCGCUAAGCCAGUGCUUUGGUAGGUAGAAAGAGGAACGAUUCGUUGGCCUGGGCAGUGUAUCCACGCAGGAGUUUGCGUGAUAUGUGGCAGAGAAAGUGGGGUCUGGGUUUGCGUGUGUGUCAGACCCACUGACGUGUUUCGGGCGGGGCCAGGAUUAGGUCCCACCGACAGCAGGGUCCCAAGGCAGUCUGCACAAGCAGAUCGCGACAGCCCAAGCAAAAGCAAGAACCCAAAGGUUAUUCACCAGGAUUCAGCAGAGGAAAUCCAAAGAUAAGGUAGACACGGCCCAGCACUAAUAUGAAGACAUCAUUCCAGCAGCUCUUUCAGCCUGGAGUUAAGCAGGAGGGGCCAGAAUCCCACCCACAAUGUAGCUGUAGAUUCAUAGAACCAGGCAGAGGGCCUUCUCGGUAGUGGCGCCUGGCCUGUAGAAUGCCUUCCCAUCAGAUGUCAAGGAAAUAAACAACCACAGAAGACAUCUGAAGGCAGCCCUGUUUAGGGAAGUUUUUAAUGUUUGAUGUUUUAUUGUGCUUUUAAUUCUGUUGGGAGCUGCCCAGAGUGGCUGGGGAAACCCAGUCAGAUGGGCGAGGUAUAAAUAACAAAUUGUUGUUGUUGUUAAGUUUCUGGAAGAAGUCCUCCUUGGGAGGAGAGUCUUGCUCACAAGGAGUCCAUUUCUGUAAACAGGCACUCCUUCUGAACGUGAGGAUGCUGACCUGCCUCUUCAAGUGGCCAGCAGUCCUGGGGCUGGGGAGUCAUUCUGCCUCUGAGGCAGAGCUCCCCUCCUGUGGGGUGGGACCCCUUACAGGCUCCUCUAAGAGGUCCAGGGUUCUAGAUGGCACUGGGCGGGGGGCUCCAGAUCCUGAUCUGAGGAGGAAUCCUCUAGCAAGGCAUGACACCCUUUUCUGGCCAUUAUCUCUGUUAAAUUGUGGGUUGACAUAGCAGACGACACAGCGAUUUCUCUAAAGCAGCUCUUUAUUUUGUAAGCUGGAACAGAACUGAGCAGCAAACAGCUCAGCCGGCCUGCUUUUAUAGGCAGCCGGCUGUCAACAUUGUAGCAACAACAACCCAGGGUUUCCCGCCUAAAAUAACUGACGUGGACCUGAGUGAAAACUAUCUACAGUAUCCCCCUGCUGGCCCAGGGUGAGAACUUCAGUACAUAACAAUCUCCAUCCCGCAAGAAGGGGAAGGUGAGAUGUAAGAUGAAUUUGCCCUGUCAUGUAGGAACAGCAGCAACGAACUCUUCCUGUUCAGCCCAAUUCGGUUCAGAUAGCCUGACACGGAAGUUGUAAGAAGCUGCCUUGAUGGUCCAGUUUGUUUUGCUCUGCUUCCCUUCCUUGGCCAAAGUGAAGUGGUGGAAACACAAAUCCCGACUCCAGGCCCAAAUGCUGACAGGAGGCGGGAGCCCAGAUUAGAAUACAGGUUUCGCUUCCAGGAGAAUUCAUCAGAAAGGUGUUACUCAGGGUGGUGCCAUGUGAUACCAUCUCCAGAGGAGGGCAGCACUUACUGGGUGGCCCAUGGGCAUUCCUGCACAAAUAUGAAGCAGGGAGUUUUUGCAGGCCUGACUGAAGAAAUGUCAGAACUGAAGGACAAAGGGCCUAAUCUGAAUUUGACAUGGAAGGAUGAUGAAAUCAGUAUUUAAAUGGGACACCUGUGGCCUUCUAGAUGCUCCCCCCAUAACCACUGACCAGGGCUGAUGGGAGUUGGAGUCCAAUGACACCAGGAGGGCCAAAAUUUUCCCAUUCCUGACUUAUAAGUGCUCCGCAAUAUAUUGUCUCAGAAAACUUUACCACAGUCUUAUAAGGUAGGCCGCUGUUCUUAGCUGUUGCAAGCGGUGGCCUGAGAGGCCUAUAAACAAUGGAUUCCGAAUUCCCAGGUAUCAAAAAAGGUUAUUUAUGUAUGCCACUACUGCAGCUCGUGUUUCGUUAGCCCCAAAGUGAAAAACAAGCGAAGUCCCAGCUAAAGAAGAUUGGCAACUUAAACUGAUGGAAUAUGCGCAGCUUGCAGACCUAACAUAUAGAGUAAGAGAACAAGAAGAACAAACGUUUAAAGAAGACUGGAAAAUGUUUAUUGAAUACAUAGAAGAAAAUUGUGUACACUUUAAAACGUCAGCAUUAAGAUAAAUUGAACAGUGUAAAUCAGUUUUGAUGGAUGUAAUAAUGGAAUACUGAAUGGUUUAGUUUAUAUAAAACAUGCAGGUAUUUAUGUUGUGCAAAAUGAACCAUGAAAAGAGGGGAAGGGAAGUCAUUGAUAUUUUAAGGCUGUCUAAGUGAAUAUUCUAAAAUGUAAAACAGAAAUUUAAUAAAAAUUAUUUAAACACCCCCCCCAAACCCCACAAUGGAUUACAUUAAGGCUGCCUAACAAAUUCAUGGCAGAUUUUUUUUUUAAAAAUUAUAGGCCUCCUUAUCUACAACCCAGUCUCUUAUAAAUCAUGAUAUAUAUUUUUCUGUGUUGGGACUAAGCACAAACUGCAUUCUUUUAUGGAGGUCUCCUGUUUUGAGACUCAUGACUGUGUAUGGGAAGAAAGAUACAUUUAAAGCAUAUCAAAAACACACACAGACCCCAAAUCCUGGGAACUGCAGGUAACCGCCCCCAACCCCCCCCCUACCAUUCCUGCCUCCUAAACCAUCUACAGUUCCCAGGUUUCUUGGUGUGUGUGUGUGUGUGUGUGUGUGUGUGUGUGUGAUGUACUUUUUUCAGUGUGCUUCAAAUGUAUGAUGUGUGCUCAGCCUAAAACACUGAAUCUGGGGUCUCUGCAUGCAGUGGAUGCCCAGGAACGCCUCUCCCUUCGCUUUGGAAAGCCCAUAAAGGACCCCGAUAUCGCCAAAACUGGAGUCGCCAUUGUCCUGUGUAUGGGUGGACUGCUCUUCGUGGUGAUGAUAGGCGUGUGAGUAUAAGCAAUAGACCUUCCUGUAGCUCAGAGUCAGCCGCACUGCUCUCCCUCUCCCAGAAAGGGACCUUGAGAUGGGGCGGGGGGGGGAGCCCCAGAGGCAUCUCACUCAGCACUCGUCAAAGGGUUAGGGAGGGUUUUGGGGGGCUCUAACUCUCUCUUUUCCCCAGGAUUAUCAGGUACUGGAAAAACCGGCUCUUCUUGUACAUUUAGCAGAGAUCCGCCCCUUUUCUCACCCGUAAGGAAAAGGUCCUAUCGAGCUUCCCAGUUGUGAAGUCUGAAAUGUGGUCUGCAUAUCUUCAUUGUAACAACCUCCAGAAAUCCUUUUUUUGCCUCCAAAAUUAGUGUGUUUUUCUGUCUUACACCUCUUGCCCUCCAAUCCUCUUCUUAUCCCUCAUAUUCACAAAAUAAAUACGCACAGACACACC